AGUUCGUCCUUCACCUCUAGAUGGCGAUUCCAAUUUGUUUGUUGGCCCGUAUUUUGAUUAUUGGUACUUAUAUACAGGUUGCCAUAACCGUAUAAGUUUUAGCAAUUAAUGUCUAGGUGUGAUCAAAUGCGGUUCUUUUUGUGCCAAUCAAACAAUAAGAGAAAAUGAAUUUUGCCGGUUUUUUGUCGAUGUGGAUUUUUGCCACUUUUUUAACAGUUUGUGUAAAAUGUGCAUUUUCUUGGACAGGAAUACCAUCGACUAUAUAUUCUAAACUUUAUAAUGUAGUAGAGUAUAUACCCUGUAAAUUUGCAGAAUGUUGUAAUGAUGAAUAUGUAUCUCCUGAUAUAAAUAUGUUAGAUGACAUUCUUAAUACAGAACUUUAUGGGCAAGAAAUUGCUCAUCAUAUAGUUGUAAAUGCCUUACGUGGCCAUCUAGGUUCAUCUAAUCCUCCAAAAGCUUUAGCUAUGAGCUUUCAUGGUCCUCCAGGGACUGGUAAAACUUAUGUAGCUCAAAUGAUUGCCACCUCCUUUUACAAAAAAGGUGAUCAUAGUAAAUUUUAUCAUUUUUUCAAUGGUCGUAAUGAUUUUCCUUUGGAAAGAGAUAUAGAACACUACAAGUGUGUUGUGUUACUUUGUAUCAUACAGGAGGAAUUACGUAAAACUAUUAUGGAUAGUUUAAUAAAAUGUGAAAGAUCAAUAUUUGUAUUUGAUGAAGUUGAUAAAAUGCCAGAAGGUUUAUUAAAUGUGCUUGUACCAUUUUUGGAUUAUACUACAUGGUUCAAAUCUUGGAGAUUAAUGGGUGCUACAGUAAAUACUAGGAAAGCCAUUUACAUAUUUUUGUCUAAUACUGGCAGUUCAAAAAUCACACAACGUUUACUUACACUUUGGGCAGAAGGCAAGCAUAGACAUGGAACUAAACUCCAAGAUUUUGAAAAUCUAAUAAGUGUUGGAGCAUUCAAUGAAAAAGGUGGCCUUUAUCGCAGUGAGGCAAUAGACACUAGUCUCAUAGAUCAUUAUGUACCUUUCUUACCACUUGAAGAAGCACAUGUGAAAAUGUGUUUAAGAAAAGCUUUUUUAAAGAGGGAUAGUACUCCUACCAAUGAUAUGAUAGAAGAAGUUAUGUCUUAUGUUGUUUUUGGACCUCCACCGCAUAACCUUUAUGCAACAGCUGGCUGUAAAAGACUAGAGCAGAAAGUAGCUUCUAUUAUAUAUGCUAGAAGGAAGAAGUUAUUAAAUAAAGAAUUAUAGGGUUAAAUAAAUAAUACACCGUUAUGUUAACGUUUUAAUAAGGUCUAAAUUUUAUUGAUUAUUUUCAUUGGCACAAUCAGAAAAUAUGUGUAACAGUUAAAAAAAUAGUACAAUUAAUUUGUUACAAUAAUGCGUGUAGCGAUAUUUAUAUAUUUGUGUAUGUAUAUUUAGGAAAUAGUUAAAAUUUUUAUCGUUAACAGUACAGAAUUACAAUAUAUACAAUUGAGGCUUGGCAAUUGACUUUAAAAUAUAGUCAUAAAGAAAGAAGUUGUCUACAAGUAUAAACAUUUGGCAUCAUAGUUUUUUCUACAUGAUUUGAAUAUACUAGGAUAGACAACUCUGAUCUUUAUGAAUUACAUCUUUUUUAAAUUAUUGAUAUCGCCGUAUCGUACCGAAAAAUAAUUAUAAUUCUUUUGCCUAUACAAGUCGCUAAAUAUAUUCAUUUUUAUAUGUCGGUUCACAUACACGCAUAUGUACUUCCUAUUUAUAUGAUUGUGAUACUGCACAACCUCAAGUAAAGAGAACAACAAAAUAAUUUGUAUUUUUAUAAUGAUGCAGAUGUAUGAAAAUUAAUUUAUCUAUAUUUUAUACAAUGUAAAAAUGUGUUAUAUAAUUAUUUUUCUUCUGUUCUCCACUGAAGGGCGUUUUAAUAUAGUAUUAUGAUUGCACGAUGAUGUGAUUAAUGUGUAAGAAUAUUCUCGAUCGUCGUGCUACCACAUCGAGGAAGUAUUAUAAAUAUAAUUUAUAUUUACUCUUC